CCUAUCCUCUGUCUUUCCUGUUCAUAGCUUUCCCAAAUCUCUCUCUAAUCUCUAUCUUCUGCUUCUCCUUCUCUCUCUGAAAUUCAUGCUUGGAAUCAGAGACUGCCAUUAAUUUUAUUGAUACAAUAAACGUGAAAAAGGAGGCGAUGGAGAAUUACUGCGGCUUGAUAUCGUGCGAGAAGCUGGACCGCGUGGCCAAUUGGGUGGGCGCAAGCGUCGCCUCUGCCUUCUUCGCAUCGCUCGAGCGCUGCUCCUGCAUCAACCUCAGCACCACCGACGUCGACGACGAGGACGAGGCCAAGGACCGCCCUCUCAUGCUCUCCAAACCCGUUCCCAUCGAUGGACCUAAUUCCACCACCCCUACCAGCCACCUUCCCCUUUGAUAUAUAUAUAUAUAUAUGUGCACGUCCCCCUAUCUGCUCAAGCCGUGGGGUUUUAAUUUCCAUCAGCUUUGGAUUGGUACCUUAUAAUAUGCACGAAGAGCUUUGUGUGUUCUACUCUGUAUAUACGAUUUGGCUCUUGUAGGAACAGUGUUAAAUUAAGACACCCAACUGAAAUUGUCAUGUUUUUAGAUUUAGGUGUAUGGCGGUGUUUGGAUGAAGGUCUCUGUACGAUUUUGUGGAUAUGAGUUUGAUACAGUGCCCUUGGUUCCCUUGUUUGAAAUAUAAAUAACCUUUUCUUC